AUGCAGCAGCUGGGCCAGCAAGAAGAUUCAGUUGGAAUGCACUCGGAGGAGGAUGGUGCCCUGAUGCAGAGCACCUGGCCAAAGGAGCUCAUCCCCCUGGCGCCGGGGGCCUCAGCCCACCAGGUGGCCCUGCAGAAGAUCCAGGAGCUCUCUAAUUCAGAACACCGGGAUCCCUUCAUGGUGGCCGACCUGGGCGUGCUUGUCAAACGCCAUCAGACCUUCCUUCAAAGUCUGCCCCAGGUGUCACCCUUCUAUGCCGUGAAAUGCAACAACAGCCCUUGGGUGCUGCGUAUCCUGGUUGCCCUGGGCACCGGCUUCGAUUGUGCUAGCCAGAUGGAGAUGGAGCAGGUGUUGGACCUGGGGGUAGCCCCCUCCCGUAUCAUCUUUGCCCACCCCUGCAAGCCCAUCUCCCACAUCCAGUAUGCUGCUCGCCAUGGGGUGCAGCUCAUGACCUUCGACAGUGAGGAGGAGCUGGUCAAGGUGGCCCAGCAUCAUCCCAGUGCCAGGCUGGUACUCCGGCUGAAGACCGAGGACAGUGACAGCAGUAUGCCCUUUAGCGAGAAGUUUGGAGCCAGCCUGGAAGACUGUGAGCACCUGCUCACAUCUGCCAGAAACCUGGGGCUGACUGUGGUCGGAGUCAGCUUCCAUGUGGGCUCCGAAUGCCAUGUGGCCCAGAGCUUCAUACAGGCCAUCGCUGACUCCAGGCGUGUGUUUGAGAUGGGCCAUAGGAUUGGGCACAACAUGGACCUCCUGGACAUUGGAGGGGGCUUCUCUGGAGUGGAUGGCUGGGGACCCACUUUUGAAGAGUUCUCACGAGUGAUCAAUGCUUCCCUGGCCCAAGACUUCACUGGAGAGAGCAAUGUCAGGGUCAUCGCUGAACCGGGCCGCUUCUAUGCAGCAUCUGUCUUUACAUGUGCUGUCAACAUCAUUGCCAAGAAGACUGUGCAGGAGCCUGGAGGCAACAGGAAGCUGGUAUACUAUCUCAAUGAUGGUCUCUAUGGCUCCUUCCGCACCUUUGUCAGAGAGCAGCUGCCUAGAGUUCCCAUCGUGGUGAAGGAGCUCAGCUCAGAGGCACCCCUCUUCUCCUGCACCCUCUAUGGCCCCACGUGUGAUUCCCAGGACAAAAUCUCCAAGGAGGAGGUGCAGCUGCCUGAGCUGGACGUGGGCGACUGGCUCAUCUUUCCCUACACGGGCGCCUACACGUCCUCCAUGAGUUCUUGCUUCAAUGGCUUCCCACCAGCCUCCAUCUGCUAUGCGCUGAGCCCGGAGUUCAGUGAAGAUGGAACUCACAUCUCGACCAAGGUCAUCCAGUAUCUGCCUGCUCUCCCCCUGGCUCUGGAAUUGCCUCUGCUCGUGGUUCUCAGACUUCUCUCUCUCCUACACCCAGAUCUGUGCAUCUAG